AACAUGUCUAAUGGUUAUGAAGAUCACAUGGCUGAAGAUUGCAGGGAUGAUAUUGGUAGAACAAAUUUAAUUGUAAACUACCUCCCUCAGAACAUGACGCAGGAUGAGCUGCGGAGUCUCUUUAGCAGUAUCGGCGAAGUUGAGUCUGCAAAGCUCAUCCGGGACAAAGUUGCAGGACACAGCUUAGGCUAUGGCUUUGUGAACUACGUCACUGCAAAGGAUGCCGAGAGAGCAAUAAACACACUGAAUGGCCUCAGACUGCAGUCAAAAACUAUUAAGGUCUCCUAUGCUCGCCCAAGCUCUGAAGUUAUCAAGGAUGCUAAUUUAUAUAUCAGUGGCCUGCCCAGGUCCAUGACACAGAAGGAUGUAGAGGAUAUGUUCUCACGCUUUGGACGCAUCAUCAACUCGCGUGUGCUGGUGGAUCAAACCACAGGUUUGUCCAGAGGGGUCGCAUUUAUCCGGUUUGACAAAAGGUCAGAAGCAGAAGAGGCAAUUACAAAUUUCAAUGGUCACAAACCCCCUGGUUCCUCCGAACCCAUUACAGUGAAGUUUGCAGCCAAUCCUAACCAGAACAAAAAUGUGGCCCUGCUGUCCCAGCUGUGUCACUCACCAGCUAGACGGUUUGGAGGGCCGGUGCACCACCAGGCGCAGAGAUUCAGGAUGCUGAACUUAAUGAGUUAUAAUUAUGGACCCAGGGCCCCUCUGGAGGUGAUUGCUAGGUUCUCUCCCAUGGGUGUAGAUCACAUGAGUGGGCUUUCUGGUGUAAAUGUUCCAGGAAACGCAUCUUCUGGCUGGUGUAUCUUCAUCUACAACCUUGGGCAAGAUGCUGAUGAGGGAAUCCUCUGGCAGAUGUUUGGCCCCUUUGGCGCGGUUACCAAUGUGAAAGUCAUUCGAGAUUUCAACACCAACAAGUGCAAAGGUUUUGGUUUUGUGACCAUGACAAACUAUGAAGAAGCUGCAAUGGCCAUAGCAAGUCUUAAUGGCUACCGCCUGGGGGACAAAAUCUUACAGGUUUCCUUCAAAACCAACAAGUCCCACAAAUAACUUGCUCGUGCUUUUUCUUUUCUUUUUGGUUUCUUUUGGGUUUUUUUUUUUGUAUGGAAUAGCUAAAAAUGGAGUGACAGAAGUUGAACCAUUUCUUUUUGUUUGUUUAGUGUAAGACUCAUCCUGCGCCAAUUUUCACAAGUGUUUGUCUUUAGUCUAAAUGAGAAGUGGAAAGGAAAAAAAAAGGUUUUAUAUACUGGGAUGCAACUGACAUGUUCAAAUGUUUGAAAUCCCACAAUGUUAGACCAAUUUUUAAGUUCCUUUAAGUUAUUUCAUUUCAAAUGUGGUCAAAACAAAAAAAAAAAAAACACAAAACCAAACUUCCCCCCUGAAAUCUCCAAGUAGAUUGCAUUACCGACAGCCUCUGGAUGGUGGUAAAACUGAAGCAUGCUUUCACUUAUGAGACUAACAUUUGUUCCAUGGAAUGUUGGCUGCAAAAACUGGAAUUUGCUGACAAGUAGCAGGCUGAAAUUGUUCCUUUCCUUGUUUGGUUUGUUUUUUUUCUUCGAUGUUGUUGUUUUCCCUACCCCUUCGCCCCAGCCUCAGUAGUACGGAAGCAAAGUUGAGCAAUGCCUGUGUUUAGCUACCAGUCAGUUGUUUGAUUUUUAAUUUGCAUCACUACACAUAGAGCUGAGGAGCAGGCUUGGGAAAGUAAAGGUCUUGUAAGUAGCAGCAUGCCAGUGUAGCUUUUAACACCAUUGAGGAGGUAAGUUGCACACUGAGCAGUGGCCAAGCUGUCCCAGUUGGCAGGUUUUAGAAACACAACUUUUUUAAAGCCCACUUGGAUAGGAACGGACCAAAGAGUUUCAAAGAAACUCCAGGAAGAUUUCAGAGACAAAAUGAAACUCCAUAAAAAGCAAACCCAAACCCCAACCCCCCCCAAAGUGUGAAUUUCUGUUGCUACUUUAUCCAACUGAAUCUCUUCUGUCCAAAUAUUUAAUGCAUGGUGCACUACUUACUGGUACAUUAUAACACAGUGAGCUCCUGAGCUGAUCAUUAUGGUUGGAAUCCCUUUGGAAUCUGUUCUGUAAAGACAAACUUCCUCCCCCCAGUCUCUAAACAUUUGAGCAUUGUGUUUCUCGCAUCCCUUCUAAAGAGUGCUAGAUUGAGUAAUUUUUUUUGUUCUAUUUUAUUAGGAUUUUGUUUUGACAACUUAGCUUUAUUUCUUGAACACUCAGCAGAAAAGUACUUAACUACUUGCAAGUUAGAUAUUAAUAACAACAAAAAAACCCAACCAACCCCAAACCCCAACCCUUUGAUUUGUAGAUGGAAAGAAGAAUCCCCCCACCCCCUCCCCAAGUUUUCUGCAG